GUGUUUGUUUGGGGCUUUUUGCUAGCCUAGCCGUGUAACAAGCUGUGCAUCCCUGCGUGAAACGAUCAACCAAAUAGGCCUUAUUCUAACAUCGGAAGCAGGCUACUGUAGUUAGGUAUCUCUCUAAUUCUUUGUUGUGUUAUAUUUUAUGUUAGAGGCAGGUCAGGUCGUUGUCUAUAUAGUUAGCGCAACUAAUCCACAUAAAAUGACUGAUCAAUCAUCACUGCUGCUUCGAAAACAACUGGCAGAGCUCAACAAGAACCCCGUUGAGGGAUUUUCUGCCGGUCUCAUAGACGAUGAUGACAUCCAUCAGUGGGAGGUGGUCGUUAUUGGCCCUCAAGAUACAUUAUUUGAGGGUGGUUUCUUUAAAGCCUACCUGACCUUUCCCCAUGACUACCCUCAUAGGCCCCCGAAGAUGAAGUUCAUCACAGAAAUAUGGCAUCCCAAUGUGGCAAAGAAUGGUGACGUGUGUAUCUCCAUUCUGCAUGAGCCCGGAGAGGACAAGUUUGGCUAUGAGAAGCCUGAGGAGCGCUGGCUGCCCAUCCACACUGUAGAGACCAUCAUGAUCAGUGUCAUCUCCAUGCUGGCUGACCCGAACGGCGACUCACCCGCCAACGUGGACGCAGCCAAGGAAUGGCGAGAGGAUCCUUGCGGAGAGUUCAAGAGGAAGGUGGCUCGCUGUGUACGAAAGAGUCAGGAGAUGGCGUUUGACUAGGACCCCUCGACACAAACCCACUGAAAUUUUUACCAUGGCGGAUACAUCAUGUCACUCUUCAAUAAAGACUUUUGCACCAGUGUUCUGCUCUUAAGAUGUGGAAUAAAAAGCCAGCCCUUUUUAGUUGUGUAAAUAGGGUCAAGUAAAUAUCCCCCUCAUGGUUAUUGUCCAGUUCUCUCACCUUAUACUUAUUUAUUUAGAUAAUGACAAUUCAAGAUGUGUGGUUUUUGUUUUGAUGAGCUUAUUCUUUAUUUUCAACCUGCCACUGAGCCAUCUAUUUUAGACUUGUCUCUUAUGCAAUUUUGGAGUAUUUGAAGAGAUUGUUGCCCGUUCUAUACCUCUGGAAGCCCAUCCCCUCGUGUUCUGCAAAGUCCUUUCAAAGGGGUCAGUACACUCUGCCUUAAGUUGUUUCCCUGUAAGCAAAGGAAACUGUCUCCAGUGAUGUCAACAUCUGCGUUUGAUCAAUAUAUUUUUGGGGAUAAACCAAAAACAUUAGCACGAUGAACAGAGAAUAUUUUUUUGUAAUAAAGAUCAUCUCUAAUUUUAUUUUUUUGUAAAUAUGUACUGUAUCAAAUUAGUUGUACUUAAGGGUGAAUUCUCCUUGCUGUUAUAGCUUAGAUUGUCUAUUCUUGUGAGUGAAUCAUUUUAGCUUUGGUCACGUUAACAUGUACACAGAAAAGUAAUCUUAUUUUAGAUUUGGCUCUGUUUUGUGUGAAAGUUUACUCAUUUUAUCCUGUGCAAGUGGAUUAGACUGGCCAUCCGCAACAAUUUCGAACCCAAGAGGUGCUUUUUGCGUAAGUGUAAUGUAAAAUAUCUAAUGGAAGUGGUGAUGGAUUGUUAGAACAAGAAAUAAAACGUAUAGUUCUACCCAUUCACCUGUGUGAUGUGAAGGCUAACAUGAGUUGUGGCAUUUACACCCACAGUUAAUGUCUAUAACUUGAGCCCAAUAAAGUUUUGAAAAUAU